GAAUUUCAGUUGCAUUGAACACAAUACCAUAAAAAAAGGAAAACUUUAAAGUUUGACGGUAUAACUUGAAUGGGAACGGGAACAACAAAAGCAAACAGAUUGAAGUAAGCAAAAUACACGUUACUAGUUUUUAUUUUGUCAAGUGGCAUAGAGAGGUAUUGGUGGAUGUACUGUUGCUGCUGCUACUGGUGGUGUUGGUGUCAUUGUGUCAUACUGUGGUGUCUCUUACCGCCACCAUAAACAACCGUAUCACUAACGAACGAAUUCAUUGCCAUACAUCUGCCUGCAGUGGAAACACAUUCAUACGUAUGUACGUACAUUUACACUUAUAGCAUACAAACGUAUCAUAGUCGACAUAAUCAUCAUCAACGUCGUCAUUAUCGUCAUCAAUAGCAGUGGAGGAGGACACCUAAAGUUGCCGAGAACCAUCGUCAUCACACCAUGGAAGAUAAUCGUAUUUUAUGGCUUAAGUGCAGCAUCGCAAAUAUGCUGGGUGUGUAUGAACCUGAAUAUGUCAAUGCUGCCAUCUAUGAAAAUCUAUAUGAUUUCAAGAGUUUUUUAAAUGACAAAUACACCAAGAACGAGGAUAUCAAUAAAAUUAUUCUAUACGUUUGGCGCACUUUCUAUGACAAGUUGGUUGAGGAGGAGAUUACCGUAUUGGAAGAGGUGCAACCAGAACUUCCACCUGAAACCGAAAAGAAAGACAAGAAAAGCAAAAAGGGAAAAGGCAAAGGUGCGACAAAAGAAAAGGAUGUCAAAGUUGGAAAACCCUCAACCAAAACCAAGGGUAAAUUAUCCUCGGCUUCAAUCAAACCUGCAGAUACAGACUCAGAACGACAGAAGGCGGGAGAAGACUCGACAAUGGGAGCUAUGGAUACAGGCAUAGAAAGUGCUACUGAAGACAUGGGAGCCGAAAGUGUAAAGAGUUCUGCUCUAUCGGGUUCCAAGAAAAGUGGCAAAGGAAAGGGCAAACGAAAGAAAAGAAAGACCUUGUUGGCACCAUCUCCAGUCUAUAUUGAAGUCAAGAAAAUUAUACCAACAUUUGUGAAGACACCAAUAUUGCAUUGCCACUUCGGGGAGUUGAAAUGUACACAUUUUGACAGCAACAUCAAAUAUAUUUAUGUGAUGCGUAAGGAAGUAAGCGGAAUACCAUUCUACACCGACAUUAAUAAAUGUUUUGCAGAAAUGUCACAGUAUUUUAUAUUCGGAACAGUUCGAGGCGCUUUAAUACACUGCAUGAGACUAGACUUGGAGAAGGUCUUUACAAAUGCUAUUGAAUUUCAAUUUCGUGAACCGAAACUAAUAGAAGGCGAACAAAUUGAAAAUUGUGAGGAACAGACAUCAACAAGUGCAUCUCGCAACACAGCCGAUUCUACAGAAGUUAAAGAAAUAGCGCCUGGUCUCCUCGAACUUUCUAAACCAUCGGAAUUUCGUUUGAAGGCUCUCAAACAAAAAAAGAAAAUGGAGAAAUUAGCUGCGGGACGAAGAUCUGAAGCACAUAAAAAAGCUCUGGGAAAAUCAAUGAAGAAAGAAGAAUCAGGCAUAAGUACUUCUCAUGACGGUGGUGGUUAUGGUGGUAGUAUUAGCGACAAUGGUGACAAUGUUGACGAGGAUGAGUAUGAGGAAAUGGACGCAGAUGAUGCAGCAAACAACAGUGUUUCUAUGGGCUCCUCAGCUGAAGAUUUGGAUGAACAGCCGGAAGUUACACUCACCAUCGGUGAACGAUGGGAAAAGCUGCUUAGCGUAACUCAUGAAAAGGUUAAACGUCAUCGUAAGGAAGCUGAAAAUGUCAUGGAAAAACGCCCACCACAUCAGGAAGCCUUUUUUAAUCAACUCAAAGAUUUCGAACAGGAAAUAGAAUGGACAAUGAGUCAUGUUGUUUGGUCAUUUAAUUUACCAACAUCGUAUGCGACUCCCGGACAAGAGCAUAUCGAAUUCGAAGAGUCCAAAGUUCGAAUUCCAAUCGACGUAAAGAAAAUCAACUUGAUACCAACAUACUCCCAAGAGCAACUAGAAGAUGUGGUAGAUGGCUGGAUAAGAUACAUGGAAAAGGCAAUUAAAACUCUAAACGAAAAGCCCUUGGAUGAAUUUACACCCAUGGCUGAAUAUCGACUAUGGCAUUUUCGCGAAACUGAACUCAACACUCUACUGGAACAGUUAAAGUCCGAUUUCGUAGUGGCUGUUUUAGAUACACUAACAUCAAAGCAAUCACAAAUUCUACAACGUUGGUCAGAAAUUCGUUCGAAAAUUAAUGAUAAAUUCCGUUUGGCAAAAGAAAAUGCUGACUACGUGGGUACCAUCACGGACUAUCUGGAGAAAAUACGCUCAUAUGAAAGUUUUAAAAUGACCACUCUCCUCAUACCCAAUGUUAUGGUGGGUCUACGACACAUAUGGACCAUGUCAAGCUAUUAUUGCCAUGACGAUAAAAUGCAGAUUUUACUCUGCCAAAUAUCCAAUGUCUUUACGGAGAAGGUUAAAAAUAUUGUAUGUUUUGAAAAAAUAUUUCGACAUACCUCAAAAUUUACAUAUGAAACGGCGACAAAUUGUGCUAACCUACUGAGAUGUUGGAAAACUGCUUAUUUAUUAAGUCGCAAACACAUCGAGGAUUCUGGAGUUGGCUCACGAUGGGAGUUUGAUCGCAAUGCCCUUUUCAACGAAGUGGAUCAUAUAUGUCGCAUUAGUCGAGAUAUUGCUUCAAUUGGACGUGUAUUUAUACAAUAUGAAAAUCUAUUUGGAAAACGUCUCAAAGGUCUGAUAAAUCAACCUGCAUUGAUCGACGAUCUCAUGCGUAAAGUGUAUCGUCUAUUGGACGAUAUGUUGAAUAGUGUUGAUUAUGAUAUUUUUCGGCCAGGCAAUUGGGAAAACUGGGAACACACUCUGAGUACAUUUAACAAACGUCUAGACGCCGUUGAAUCGGAGGCCAAACUAGUCAUCGAAAAAAGCAUAACCAUGUUGCGAUCUUCCGAUUUGGGUUUAUCAUUGAUACGAGACGUUAGACAUUUAGAUACUCGUCAAGCACUUGCCGAAUUCAUUUCAACGAAACACGAAAACUUACUCCGUUUCUUUGUAACGGAAAUCAAUGCGGUGGAAUACGAAUACAUGAACAAUAAAAAAGCUCCACCUAUUGGUAAACAUCAACCUGCUAAAAUUGGCGCCAUACAAUGGACGCGUUUAUUAAGCGCCAAAUUAAAAAUAUCUGUACUGGCAUUUAAACGUAUGGAAAAUGAACCAAAUCUAAAGAAUAGUUAUCUCAAGCGUAGUGCUUUCAAAUCCUACUUUGAAUUGGUUAAUAAAAUGUAUACUUAUGAAAAUAGUUUAUUCGAAAGCUACUGUUCCCAAGCAACUUAUAUGGUCAAUGUGGUUAUGAGAAAAAACAUCUUAACUAUACAAAUUUGCAACAAGGAUACAUUGACAUACAUAUCGGAUGCUCUGGAAACUAUUAAACUGAAAAAAGCAAAAUCUGUGGAUGUUAACGCAGACGCAUCGGCAAAUGAACAAUUUGCUCAUGCGGUUCCUACCGGUUUCAUACGUAAGAUAACCAAGUUUACCGUUAUUGCAACAAUGAUUCAGUGGUUUGUUGGCCGCAAAACCUCCGCUGAUGCCCACAUUCAGAAGGCAAUACAAUUUCUGAAACUAAUGAAAUCAGGAAAGAUGAAACCCAACGAAAAGGAUAAAUUUUGCAUCAGGCAGUGUGAAUUAUUGGUAAAGGCAUCCACCCAAGAAGGUUUACCGACAUGGCGAACUCUAGUGGGCGAACGUAUAUUAAUUGAAUUUGAAAUGCAAUUUACUGUCAACUUAACAAGAGAUAUUUUUGAGGUCAUGUUUGAAGGACAGCAAUUCGAACAUUUUGGCUUUCAAUUGCCCUCAGUAUUGCGAACUGCAAUCAUGAAAAAAGAAAUGCUAUUUAACGAUUUUGAAGCCGUUUCGACGGUCAUUAACAACUACAAUGCUCUGCUCAAUAAGCUCUCGUUAUCCGAGGUGAACUUUUUGAGGGAUCAUCUAUAUGAAACCGAAGUAGCUGUACAGGUGGGCGUCGGUCGAUACACCUGGCAGUCUUUUAACAUUAAGAAAUACUGUUCUGGUGUAAACACACUGAUGCGUAAACUUCAGUCGAUAGUUUCGCAAAUCAACUACAUACGCGAUGAUAUACGCAAUCGUAUUGACCAAAUUAAAACCUUCAAUAUAUUUGUCAUCGAAGACAGCGACAGCGCAACUGAAUCCAUCAUUCCGUUCGAUGAAGCUGAAUCACCAGAUACGAACGGCAAGAAGGCCGAGCCUGCAGAAAAUGAGACCAAGGUGGAGAUAAUACGCAUAAAAGAAUCUACGGAAUCUAUACUGAGCAAUAAGAGGGAAUGCGGCACGGGUAUUUAUCACUGCCAGGGUUAUAUGGAACGCCUGGAACAGGCUAGAACUGAGAAAUGUUCUCAUAUGAAAAGAAUCUACGAUUCCUUGGGCCCAGUUCUAAUUAAACUAGAAAGUUUAGUUUUGGGUACGUUCACGGGCCGUUCCGAAAAAAUGAGAGAUUACUAUGUCUUCUGGGAAGAGGAGACGUACAAGUGCAUUUUAGAUUUCACAUACAAGAAUCUGGAAUGUUUCUUGGAUCGUUUAACUGGUAAAGAAGCGAUGUUUGAAAUCAAUGCCGUAUUAGUUUUGUCGGAAAUCAUGUUGGAACCGACUUCAAAUGAAAUUAAGAACAUGAUUGUACAAGCAGCCAAAGAUUUUCUAGAACGAUUGAAAAUGUUUACCCGCUGGAUGGAUGGCACCUGCUUGCCUUGUUCACCUACAGAACAUUUUGCAGGCACAAAGUACACUUUUACAUAUUACGAAGAUGUCAUUAAGAUAAAAAACAUUGGCGGUCUUCUAGUCAAGGUACAAGAACUGGCAAAUCGUGUAGUUGAAGACGCAAAAAAAUGUGUCAAAAAAUUUAGAAAAUAUUACAAUCUGUGGGCAUUCGAUAAGGAAACAAUUUGUGAAAAAUAUGUGAAUCGUGGUGUGCCACUUGUACAGCUUGACGAGAAAUUUACAUUUUAUGCAAAUAUCAUGGACGAACUGCAGCAGUUGCCAAUAUACUACGAUGUCCAAUGUAUACGCAUAAAUUUAAAACCAUUACUGGACACUAUUUGCCAACAUGCUCAGCAAUGGCGUACUAAGUUGGGCGAAAAGUUGGCAGAACGAACUAUUGCCAAUAUGGAUAAAAUGCGAUUUGAAAUCAAAGUCCUUGGUGAAAAUCUAAAUAAAGCAACAAAAGAACUCAGUGAUUUCAAAUUGGUUAUGCAAACUAUUGCAACAAUUCAAUCCACAACACUCACUCGUGAAAUUGCAAUACGCGAAAUACAGGAGACCUACACAGUGCUAAGUGAGCAUAAUAUCAAUUUUAACUUUGAAGACAUGCUAAUGGCACAUCAUCUAGAAAAACGAUGGCUGCGUUUGUAUCGUUCAUCGCUGUAUCGAUUGGAUAAGUUGCAGCCGAUCAAGCAAAAAUUUGCCGAUAUGACAUCAGUGGAAAUAGCUGGCUUUUGGAAAGAGCUUCAAGAAUUUAUUACUGAUUUUGAAAAGAAUGGUCCGGGGUCAGUUGUUGCCGAUUUAGAUAGAGGCUCUAAGCUGAUGGAGUCUUAUGGACAGAAAAUUAAUGAAUUUGAUGAAAGACGACAAGAACUGGCCAACGCUGAGAAACUUUUUGAUAUGCCCAUGCAAGAUUACAAUGAGUUUUCACGUAUUAAAGACGACUACGAAGGCAUGCAAAUUGUUUACAAAUUAUACAAAAGCCAAAAGGCAGCUCGUGAGGGAUGGUCGAAAACUUUGUGGGCCGAUUUGGAUCCUUCGGUAUUGACUGAGGGUGUAGAGAGUUUUUUUAAAGAAUUUCGUAAACUAUCAAAACAGGUGCGACAACUACCAGUUGGUCAGAUGCUGGAGCUACAAAUGAAACAAUUCAAAGGCACCGUGCCACUGAUGGUGAGCUUGAAGAACGAAGCAUUGCGAGAACGUCAUUGGUUGCAAUUAAUGGAAAAAACGGGACAGUACUUUGAUAUGACACCAGAACGUUUUACCCUCGAAAAUAUGUUUGGAAUGCAGUUGCACAAAUAUCAGGAAAUUGCAGAGCAAAUCCUAAAUAAUGCCAUCAAAGAAUUGGCCAUCGAAAAGGGCGUAAAGGCAGUCGAGGACACUUGGGCCGUCAUGAACUUUAAAGUGCACAAACAUUACAAAGGCAUCGAAGAGCGUGGCUAUACUUUGGGUGCGGUCGAUGAAAUAGUUCAGGUGCUUGAUGAUAAUUCAAUGAAUCUUCAAUCGAUGGGUGCCUCACAAUUUAUUGGUCCCUUUUUAGAGACAGUGAAUCGAUGGGAACGCAACUUAGCACUUAUAUCGGAAAUCAUUGAUGAGUGGCUGGUAGUACAACGCAAAUGGCUGUAUUUGGAGGGCAUUUUUAUAGGUGGUGAUAUACGUUCUCAAUUGCCUGAAGAAGCAAAAAAAUUCGAUGACAUUGACAAGGCGUAUCGUAGGAUAAUGUUGGAUUGUGCCAAGAAUCCAUUGGUGGUUCUGUUUUGCACCAUACCCGGUAGGUUGCCAGAGAUGCAGGGGUUAAGUAUCGGCUUGGAAAAUUGUCAAAAAUCAUUAAAUGAAUAUUUGGAAUCUAAACGACGAAUAUUCCCAAGAUUUUAUUUCAUAUCGACUGACGAAUUGCUUUCCAUAUUGGGCAGCUCAGAGCCAUCAGCUGUACAACAUCACAUAAUCAAGAUGUACGAUAAUGUAAAAUCAUUACGUAUAAUCAAGGAAAGCGGCAACAUGUAUAUUGUCAAUGCUAUGAUUUCCAGUGAAGGCGAAGUUUUGGAUUUUCGUCAGAAUGUUCGCAUCCAUGGUCGUGUGGAAAAUUGGAUGAACGAUGUAUUGGAUGAAAUGCGUCGUUCGAAUCGUUAUUUGUCCAAGAAAGCCAUAUAUGAUUACGGCACUGACCUCGAAAUAACAAGACCCGAUUGGUUGAUGAAGUACCAGAGCAUGGUUGGACUGGCGGCCAGUCAGGUAUGGUGGACGGCAGAAGUUGAGGAAGUAUUUAAUCAGGCUAAAAACUUUGGAAACCUGAGAGCCAUGAAAGACUUUCUAAACAAACAAAAUUAUCAAAUGGAUGAGCUAGUUCUGAAGGUGCGAUCAGAUCUCAGCUCAAACGAUCGUAAGAAAUUCAAGACUAUAGCAACUAUAGAUGUCCAUGCCAGAGACAUCAUUGAGGGAUUUGUCAGAGACAAUAUUCUGGAUGUGGGCGAAUUUAGCUGGGAGAGCCAAUUGAGGUUCUAUUGGUUGAAGCUUUAUGACAAUUUAUUUGUUAUUCAGUGUUCUGGCCGUUUCGAUUAUGGCUAUGAGUAUUUGGGUCUGAAUUCCCGUUUGGUUAUUACACCGCUAACCGAUCGUAUUUACUUGACCAUAACCCAGGCUCUCCUCAUGAACUUGGGCGGUGCUCCUGCUGGUCCAGCUGGUACUGGUAAAACUGAAACCACUAAGGAUCUAGCCAAAGCAAUGGCUCUUCUGUGUGUUGUAACCAACUGUGGUGAAGGAAUGGAUUUCCGUGCAGUUGGCACAAUAUUAUCGGGACUUGCUCAAUGUGGUGCCUGGGGCUGUUUUGAUGAAUUCAAUCGCAUUGACAUUUCUGUAUUGAGUGUAAUAUCCACACAACUUCAGACCAUUCGUAAUGCUCUCAUACGAAAAUUACAAAGAUUUGUUUUUGAAGGUUGUGAAAUUAGAAUUGAUCGUAAGGUUGGCAUAUUUGUUACAAUGAAUCCUGGUUAUGCUGGUCGUACCGAAUUACCCGAGUCCGUUAAAGCUCUUUUCAGACCAGUAACCUGUAUCAAGCCAGAUUUGGAAUUAAUUUGUUUAAUAUCGCUGUUCUCCGAUGGAUUCCUAACGGCCAAGGUUUUGGCUAAAAAGAUGACAGUUUUGUAUGCGCUUGCCCAGGAACAAUUAUCUAAACAGUGUCAUUAUGAUUGGGGUCUACGUUCUUUAAAUUCGGUUUUACGAAUGGCUGGUGUAAUGAAACGUCAGUCUAGUGAUUUGCCAGAGGCUGUUGUGUUAAUGCGUGUUCUGCGUGAUAUGAACUUUCCUAAGUUCGUUUUUGAGGAUGUACCACUGUUCUUAGGUCUUAUUAAGGAUUUAUUUCCGGGCAUCGAUUGUCCUCGUGUAGGUUAUCCAGAUUUUAAUGCAGCAGUACGUCAUUGCCUUGUAAAUGAUGGAUUCAUUUUAUUGGCAGAUCAGGAAGACAAAGUGGUACAAAUGUAUGAAACAAUGAUGACCCGACAUUCCACUAUGAUUGUUGGCCCAACAGGUGGUGGAAAAACUGUUGUCAUAAAUACACUAAUUAAGGCCCAAACCUUUAUGGGUCUGCCAACAAAAUGCAUUACACUUAACCCCAAGGCAUGUUCCGUCAUUGAAUUGUAUGGUUAUCUUGAUCCAGACACGCGUGAUUGGGUUGAUGGGUUAUUCUCAAACAUAUUUCGAGAAAUGAAUAGACCAUUGGACCAUGAUGAACGCCGCUAUGUCUGUUUUGAUGGAGACGUUGAUGCGCUUUGGAUUGAAAACAUGAACUCAGUUAUGGAUGAUAAUAAGCUGUUGACAUUAGCAAAUGGUGAACGGAUUAGAUUGGAAAACUACUGUGCUCUCCUGUUUGAGGUUGGCAAUUUAAAUUACGCAUCGCCUGCUACAGUAUCUAGAGCUGGUAUGGUGUUUGUAGAUCCGAAAAAUUUACGCUACAGUCCGUAUUGGCAACGGUGGAUAUUAACAAGACCCGAAGCACAAAGAGAAUUGCUGCAGGACAUGUUUGAAAAGAUUAUAGCACAGGCGAUUGCAUUCAUACAUGAAGGUUUAGACGGCACAUCCCAAGGAAAUCCACUUAAAACUGUCAUUACGCAGACCGAGUUGAAUAUGGUUGCACAAUUCUGUAAUAUGUAUGAUGCCUUAUUGCCACCCUUCGAAAAACAGGAUGAUUUGGCAUUCGCAGCACCACCUCCAGUUCAAUAUGACACUGAUACACUGGAAUGUUGUUUCAUACAAUGCAUUUAUUCAUCACUGGGUGCUUGUUUAGUUGAACAUGAUCGAGAUGUAUUCGAUGAGUUUAUAAAACGGAUUUCUGGUUUUCCCUGUGUACAGGAUGCCAAAGAUACACCGGCAUCUGGAGGGCAGUUGCCUACCUGUAAACCAACAUUAUACGAAUAUUUUUAUGAUCGUCACACUUCUUGCUGGAUGGCUUGGGAGUGGGUCGUACCACAGUAUGUCCAUGAUCCAAAUAUGAAAUUUAGUGAAAUCUUAGUACCAACUGUAGAUAGUACCCGAACUGUCAGUAUAUUAAAACUUAACAGUUGUAUUAAACGACCUGUAUUGUUAGUGGGUGAAGCUGGAACCUCAAAAACUGCAAUCAUAUCACAAUAUCUACGGAAUCUCAAUAAAGACGCCAAUAUUAUAUUGAAUAUUAAUUUUUCGUCGAGAACCUCAUCCUUAGAUGUUCAACGUACCCUAGAGGCUGCUGUUGAAAAACGUACAAAAGACACAUUCGGACCACCAAUGGGAAAGAAGAUUGCUUGUUUCGUUGAUGAUAUGAAUAUGCCACAGGUUGAUGAUUAUGGGACCCAACAGCCAAUUGCUUUGUUGAAACUUUUCUUUGAACGUGGUGGCAUGUACGAUCGCGAUAAGGAUCUAAAUUGGAAGAAAUUUAAAGAUAUGACAUUCUAUGGCGCCAUGGGUUGUGCAGGUGGUGGACGGAAUGAAGUUGAUCCACGAUUCAUAUCAAUGUUCUCUGUUUACAAUAUUAUUUUUCCCAACGACGAGUCGCUCCUACAAAUUUAUAUAUCAAUUUUCAAAGGUCACCUCCAAUACGGUGAAGCAUUCAAUCCAAAACUAAUACCCAUGGCUGAUGUAAUCGUCCAAAUGACUUUACGGCUUUUCAAGAUUGUGAUUGUGGAAUUACCUCCUACACCAUCGAAAUUCCACUACAUAUUCAAUUUGAAGGAUCUGUCUCGGAUUUUUGCCGGUAUGCUACUUAUACAUUCAAAUUAUUUUAAAGAUCUUCGAGCUUUGGUACGUGUAUGGCGUAAUGAAUUUACACGCAUUAUUUGCGAUCGUCUAAUUUCGGAAACGGAUUUACAAUUGAUGAGACGCCAGGUGGAGAAUGAGAUAAGAGAAACGUUCAGUCCUGAUUUUGAGGUGGAAAGUGGAUUUGUAGAUCCCAAAACAACAACAACAACAGAAGAGACUGCCAAUUUGGAACAAUAUGGGGCCAGUGAAAAUGAACAGGAUGAAAUGACUGUCGUCACAUUGACAGAUCAUGUUAUGAGAGAUCCUUGUCUGUUUGGUGAUUUCAGAAAUGCCACAAAUGAGUCCGAGCCAAGAUAUUAUGAGGAUCUUUUAGAUUAUGAGGCUGUAUAUCAUUUGUUUAAUGAGAUUCUUGAGGAGUACCAAGAGCGCAAAGGUAAAAUGGCAUUGGUUCUUUUUGAGGACUGUUUGGAACACUUGACUAGAGUACAUCGCACAUUGAGGAUGCAUCGCGGUCAUGUUUUGCUGGUGGGUGUUGGGGGUAGUGGCAAAAAAUGUAUAACUAGACUUUCAUCAUUCACUGCUGAAUGCGAGGUUUAUGAGAUAACUGUUGCCAGAGGCUACAAUGAACAAUCAUUCCGCGAUGAUCUGAAAGUUCUCUAUACUAUGGCUGGAGUAGAGCGCAAAAAGACGGUAUUUCUUUUUACGGCUGCUCAGAUUGUUGAAGAAGGCUUUUUGGAGUUAAUUAAUAACAUCUUAACAGUGGGCCUGGUACCUGCUCUAUUCACCGAUGAAGAAAAAGAUGCCAUCAUCAAUGGAUGUCGUACAACAGCCGAGGAGAAUGGUUAUUUAGCAUCAAAGGAUUCAGUGUGGUCUUACUUCUUAGCGACAUGUGCUCAAAAUAUGCAUGUUGUAUUGUGUAUGUCACCUGCUGGCGAUGCACUCCGUAAUCGAUGUCGUAAUUUCCCCGGACUCAUUGGAAGUACAUACAUCGAUUGGGUUUUUCCAUGGCCGCAACAGGCGUUAUCUGCCGUAGCAAAGUUAUUUCUUACAGAACACGCUUUAAUUCCUUCUAACCACCGCCAAAAUAUAAUGAAGCACGUAGUUUAUGUACACAGUACAAUGCACCACUAUUCCAAGGACUAUUUACAGAAGUUAAGACGCAACAAUUACGUAACACCUAAACAUUAUUUGGAUUACAUCAGUACGUACUUGAAACUAUUAGAGGAGAAAAAUAUGUUUAUCACUAUGCAGAGGGAUCGGUUGAAGGAAGGUAUUCAUAAAAUCGACGAAGCUUCCAAGCAAAUUGAUGAACUGCGUAUUAUUGUGACCGAACAAAAACAUAAUGUGGCUAAAGCUUCUGAGGAAUGUGAACAAAUGUUGGUUGAAAUUGAAGAUGCGACUGCAAAGGCAAACGUUAAGAAGACAGAAGCUUCUGAGAAAUCUGUUGAAGUCGAAAUAAAAGGGAAGCAAAUUGCAAUUGAAAAAGAGGAGGCUGAGAUAGUUUUGGCUGAAGCUCUACCGGUGUUAGAAGAAGCUCGAAGAGCUCUGUCGGAAUUGGACAAGGCUCAAAUUACAGAAAUACGAUCAUUUGCUACACCACCGCCUCAGGUGCAGGUUGUAUGUGAGUGUGUAGCCAUAUUAAAAGGCAUCAAAGAAAUCAACUGGAAAUCGGCAAAGGGAAUGAUGUCGGACGUCAGUUUUCUCAAAAGCCUCAUGGAAAUGGACUGCGAAGCUUUGACUGGCAAACAGAUGAACCAAUGCCGCAUCCAUAUGAAAUCCCAGAAUCUCGAUGAAAUGGAAAAAAUUUCUGUUGCCGGUGCUGGCCUUUUAAAGUUUGUAAGAGCUGUCAUUGGAUUCUAUGAGGUAUACAAAGAAGUUAAACCUAAAAAGGAACGAGUCGACUUUUUGGUUCAAGAACAGGAACAGCAAAUAAAAUUGCUGAAUCAUUUGAAUAACGAAAUUUCGAAACUAGAAGCCCAAUUAGAUUCACUAAAUCACAGAUAUGCUGAAUCCAUGAAGCAAAUGAAAGCACUAACGGAAAUGAUGCAACAGGCCGAACGAAGAUUGAUUGCCUCCGAUAAAUUGAUAAGUGGCUUGAGCUCAGAACGUGUACGUUGGAGUAUUGAUUUUGAUAAUUACGGUCAGCAACUGGUGGUAAUGGUGGGACAGUGUCUUCUAUGUGCUUCUUUCCUAGCAUAUACGGGAGCGUUUUCAUGGGAAUACCGUAAAACAAUGAUGUUUGAUGACUGGUUGGAGGAUAUUAAAUGCAAUGAAAUACCCAUUCAAAUUCCAUUUCGAAUAGAUGAAAAUCUUACCACUGAUGUGGAGGUCUCUACUUGGUCAUCAGAAGGUUUACCACCCGAUGAGCUAUCGGUUCAAAAUGGCAUAUUAACAGUCAGAUCAUCUCGGUUCCCUCUGUGCAUAGAUCCUCAAUUGCAAGCAUGGACGUGGAUAAAGAGAAAAGAACAAAAAAACAAUUUGAAAAUUUUAUCUUUCAGCGACAGUGACUUCCUUAAACAUCUUGAAAUGUCCAUUAUGUAUGGCAUUCCCGUUUUAUUUGAAGAUGUGGAUGACUACAUUGACCCAGUCAUAGAUAACGUCCUGCAAAAAAAUAUUAAACUUGCCAGCGGACGAAAAUUUGUUAUUCUGGGAGACAAGGAAGUAGACUACGACCCAAAUUUCAGAUUGUAUUUAACAACUAAGUUUUCCAAUCCCAAAUUUGACCCAGCCGUCUACGCCAAGGCAAUGGUUAUAAAUUAUACUGUAACCCAAACAGGUCUGGAAGAUCAACUCCUUAGUGUCGUUGUUAGAGCCGAGAGACCGGACUUGGAAACUCAAAGAGAAACUUUAAUAGCCCGCACAAGCGAAAACAAACAGUUACUGCAGCAACUGGAAGAUUCUUUACUCAGAGAAUUGGCCACAUCUACUGGCAAUAUGUUGGACAAUGUUGAAUUAAUUGAAACGCUAGAGAACACCAAAUCCAAAGCAGCCAUCGUAAUGGAACAACUAAAACUUUCAGCCGAAACGCAAAGAGACAUUGAAAAAUUACGAGACGGUUACAGACCAGCAGCCAAAAGGGGAGCUGUUCUUUUCUUUGCACUCUCCGACAUGUCUACAGUCAACGCUAUGUAUCAGUACGCAUUAGCAGCAUACCUCGACGUAUUCACGUUCUCAUUGAGGAAAUCUGUCCCAGAUACAGUCCUCGUAAAGCGUUUAAGCAAUAUAAUCAAAACAUUAACAGAAAACAUAUAUUGUUACGGUUGCACCGGCAUAUUUGAAAAGCACAAACUUUUAUUUUCCUUUCAAAUUGCCACUAAACUCGCUCUGAGAGAUGGACUUUUAAGCCAGGCUGAAUUGGAUUUUUUUAUAAAAGGAUCGGUUUUACUAACUAAAAGCGAUCGGACGUGUCCUGCUAAGUGGCUGCCCGAAAAAAGUUGGGAAGAUAUAUUAAGGUUGUCUGCAGACUUUCCUGAUCCAUUUGACAAUUUGCCGGAUCAUUUUUUAAAAUUUACAAAAGAAUGGAAAGAGUGGUAUGAUUUGGAAAAUCCUGAAGAAGUCUCUUGUCCGGGUGAAUUCAAUAUAAAUUGCAGUCCAUUUCAGAAAUUAAUGUUUUUACGGUGUUUCCGUGUUGAUCGAAUUUUCCGUUCGAUAAAUCAGUAUAUUGUCGACACCAUGGAUGAGUUCUUUAUAAUGCCACCCGUUGUAAGUUUUGCAGCCAUAUACGAACAAACAACAUGUUACAUUCCAGUGUGUUUUAUAUUGAGUGCUGGCUCGGAUCCUACAAAUGAUUUAAUGAAAUUGGCGGAACAAGUUGGCGGUGGUUUGGGUAACUUUUGCCACAUAUCAUUGGGACAGGGACAGGAAAAGGCCGCUAUGAGUUUAUUAGAUAAAUCUAUACGACAAGGGAUGUGGUUAAUGUUACAAAAUGGACAUUUGUUGAUUAGUUUUGUACGGCAAUUGGAAAAAUACUUGGAGAAGGUUGAUUCACCACAUCCUGACUUUCGAUUAUGGAUUACAACUGAUGCCAGUGACAGUUUUCCAAUUGGCAUAUUGCAAAAAUCUUUAAAAGUUGUAACAGAACCUCCAAAUGGUUUAAAGUUAAAUUUACGUUCAACAUUCUUUAAACUCCGUCAAGAUCGUUUGGAAAGUUGUACACAUCGAGCAUUUCUGCCGCUGGUUUAUGUCUUGUCCUUCUUUCAUGGUGUAGUUCAAGAAAGAAGGAAAUACGAUAAAUUAGGAUGGAACAUUUGUUACGAUUUUAAUGAAUCCGAUUUCAAUGUAUGUUUGGAAAUAUUGCAAACAUAUCUAAACCGAAUCAAUGGCGAUAAAGUGCCAUGGAACAGUCUAAAGUAUUUAAUUGGAGAGGUCAUGUAUGGAGGACGUGUUAUUGAUGAUUUCGAUCGUCGAAUUACUAGGACUUACAUGGACGAGUACAUGGGUGAUUUCUUGUUCGAUUCAUUUCAACCAUUUCAUUUCUAUAAGGAUGAAAAUACCGACUAUUGCCUUCCCAGCGACGAUGUUGUAUUGAAAGAAGAUUUUAUCUCUCAUAUUGAUAAAUUACCGUUAGUAAAUAAGCCAGAUGUCUUUGGUUUACACCCAAAUGCGGAAAUCGGAUAUUAUACUCAAGCUACGAGAAGUAUAUGGAAUUCUCUAAUUGAAUUACAACCUCAAACUGGUGAUACUUCUGGAGGCAUAAGUCGUGACGAAUUUAUUGAUAAUGUGGCAUCCGAUAUUUUGGAAAAAUUGCCAGUGGCAUUUGAAACAUGGCGUGUGAAAAAACAAAUUCAAAUGAGUUUAACGCCAACUGGUGUCGUUCUCCUUCAAGAGUUAGAUCGUUUCAAUUUGUUGGUUCUACGAAUUAAAAACACUCUCGAAUUACUUAGGAAGGCUAUUGCAGGCGAAAUUGGGAUGGACAAUAUUUUGGAUAAUAUUGCAAAUUCAUUAUUCAAUGGUUUGUUACCUAGUGACUGGCGAAAAUUGGCUCCAGCCACGUGUAAACAAUUGGGUGCAUGGAUGGAACACUUACAGCGGCGUGCAACACAAUUCAAGUAUUGGUCAAUGUCUGGUGAACCAUUGGUAAUGUGGCUAUCUGGUUUACACAUUCCACAAAGUUACUUAACUGCUUUGAUUCAAGUAGCCUGUCGUAAAAAUGGAUGGCCACUGGAUAAAUCACAAAUGUACACCUGUGUUACAAAAUUUAUUGACCCAGAUGAUAUUGAAGAAAGGCCAACUACGGGUUGUUACAUAACGGGUCUUUAUAUAGAAGGAGCUCGAUGGGAUUUAGAGCGUAUGCAACUGGAUCGUUCACAUCCUAAAAUUUUAGUGGAAGAAUUACCAAUAUUGUCGGUUGUGCCUAUAGAGUCUCAUCGACUUAAACUGCAGAAUACUUUUCGUGCGCCAGUUUACACCACUUCCCUCAGACGUAAUGCAAUGGGUGUUGGACUUGUAUUUGAAGCGGAUCUUCUCACCUCAGAGGAUUUGAGUCAUUGGGUUUUACAAGGCGUUUGUUUGACUCUAAAUAAAGACUGAUUUUAUUGAUUUAUAAUACCAUCAGAUUAAAAAAGACAUAGUAUUUAUUUUAAAUGAAUGAAUGAAUGUAGUAUAAAUAUAGAAUGUCCUUGCUAUAGAAUUAUGUACAUACAUAUAUCGGUAAGAACAAUCAUGGAACUAUUAACUAAUAAAUGCAUUUAUAUGUGUAUGUAUGUAAAUCUCCCCGAAAAGAACCAAACAAAUAAUUUUCAAAUAUGAUAAUUAACUAACUUCAAAGUUAUCAAAGAUAUUAAUAAGUAUUUAUCAAAUUUUCAGUUUCAAUAACACAAUAAAUCUAACACUAAUGUUUCACUAAAUUGUAAGAUUGAGGUAAUAGAAAUAAAUUAAAAAAAUAUAAAACAGGAAACAGUAAUACAAAAAUAAC